AAAUUGAAACUCAAUGUCGCUACAAAAUUACACUGAUUUACCUCCAGGGUGGGAGGCAAGACGAGACCAAAUCGGUAGGAUUUUUUUUAUAGAUCAUAACAACCGGCGAACUACUUGGGAAGAUCCCCGAAUACUCAGUUUAGAGACAAUUCUGCAGAUACAAUCUGAGAGAGUAAUUUUCAUACCCGAUAUUCCAGGCUUUAGUGGAAACGCAAACUUCACAACUCCAGAAGAACCUACAAAUGCUGUCAAAGAAACUCAUAAUGAGGAAGAGCUCAAAGUAAUCACAAACGAUACGUCUGCCGAUGAAAAUUCAAAGUUGCCAAAUGCAAACGAAGAAAAUUUAAAUCUCGAGAGCCAUCGUAAAUCGGUGGAGGAGAAAAUACUUCCAAUAGUAGAAAAUGAUACCAGUUCUCCAGAACAAGAGAUUGAAAAGGUUUCAGAAGCUAUACAAGAGACAAUGCAAAGCACUUAUCGAAGAAAAACAUUGGCGCUAGGACCCAAUCCUGACUUGAGGCGAGGACCACAAAAAGGUCUUGCCAAGGGACCAAAUCCUGAUUUCAGGUUGAAAUGAAAGUUUCGGGAAAAUGUCAUAAAAAACACAAGUUAAAGGGGAAGUUCUCAUUCAAAGAAAUUUGGUCAGUGGAAGCAUUGUUAGAUUGAAGUGAAUUUUACCGUCCUAAUAAUUGAUUCGAGUCAUUACUGCAUAUUUAUCGACACUUUUACCUGCAUUUUACACAAAGCUGCUUUAUUAGAAAGGUUUUCUUUUUUGGUUGCCAGAAUAUUCUCAUAACCUUGGAAUUAUGCCAACUAUUUAAUCCAAGUGAUAUGAUAGAAAAUUUAUAUUGCGUUU